AUGCCGACUCCACCUCCGGCCCGGACCCCAACCCCGACUCCGCCUCCGGCGCGGACCUCGGCAUCAACAGCACCUCCGCACCCGUCCCCGCUGAGCGGGCGGUUGCGGCCGGUGGACGAGUACCUUCGGCUGCUCGGGUUGCUUCUGCGGCCGGACUGGCUCGAGUCCUGCACUGCGGCACUUUCCCCAGUUGGGGAUUUGGGAGUGGAUGAUGCCACCGGCGCCUUCUCUGUCACCACGUACGACGCAAAUCACUGCCCUGGUGAAAUGGUCACUAUACUUUGCCCUGGUGAGCUAUUUGCAAUUGAGAUCCAUACUGUUUCUAUGCUCCUACUGGUGAUGAGAAUGUUUGAUCGAGAAAAUAAGAAGUGA